GCUCCACAACAACAACAAAAGAAGGCGCAGUCGGGGGCUUGAGGAGGAAACGGACUGAAAAGAAACGCCGCACUGUGACUCCCGAUGUGCAGUCCUUAAAGUAACGUUUUUAUAUUUUAUUUCUUCCGCGAAGAAACCUCAAGUUUUUCUAUUUUUCGAAAAGUAACGCAUCUACCUCAUUUUUAAGGAUUUUAAUCACGGUUUGGACUCGUUUACACCUCCUCCUCCUUCUGCCGCAGGGCUUUUUUUCUUUUGAAGACUUUUGCACUCACUGAAGUGAUCCUGACGUUGAGCGAUGUCCAGCCUGCACCUGCUGGCCCUCAGAUGAUCUAUGACCACAACUUAUUGAUGCACUUUAGCACCUUUACGGAGCCUUCCCCCUGCUGUGAACCCCGCAGCUGAUGACCAAAGCGACCGCAACGCCUCCCCGCCGUCGCCCAGAGCCACGCGCCUCCCUCGACCCCUCCCUCAUCCUCACGCCCCUGCAGGACAUCUCAGGAUGUUCCAGAGGUUCGCCAGUGCUCUCUUUGGGGACGAUGUGGAGGAGGUGAGUCGAGGCGGCAGACCUGGGGACGGCAAAGUGGAGGAGACAGAGGAGGAGGAUGAAGACUGGAUCCUGGUCAACUACCUGACUGAAGCCGGCUCCAGCCAGUGUAACGAUGGCCACUCAGGAUCCACCGUCACCCAAGAUGAAGACGAGGAGGUGGAGGCAGAGGAGGAUGAAGAAGAUGAUGAGCUGGUGAUGAUCCCCUCGCCCAUGGGCAUCCCACCCGUCCGUUACGCCUCCUGCACCUCCCUCAACUCGACAGCUGACACCGACCCGGACGGCGGUCCAGAUGAAGAUGAGGAAGAUGAGGAGAGUGGGUUUCUGCGUGUGGACACCCGUUCUCUGCAGGAGAGCUGGUUUCUUACCCCCCCACCCUGCUUCACCGGGCGUAGCACCUUUCCCAUCGUCCUGGAGCCCAGCCCUCUGGAGAACCUGCUAAUCGAACACCCCAGCAUGUCCGUCUACACCCACCACAGCAUCCCACGACUGAACCUUGACCCCCUGCCACCAAGCUCACAUGAGCCGGAAUUGAACUUUUCGUCCGAUGAGAUGACUGCGAGCCUGACAGCCUCAAGUGGAAAGGAGAAGGCCAGAAGAACGCCAGAUGGCUCUCGUCACAGGCCAGAGGUGGCAGUUUCACAGCGGCGCUCCAGUCUUCACUCCUCCUGCUACGCCGCGGCGCUCUCUGCUCAGGCCGGCCUUGUGCAACAAAGGCCGGGAAACCCCACCCAACGCACCCAGCCCAUGUCCCGCAAGGCCCUGCGACGCCUCAACCUGCUCCGCCCCCCAAAGGCCAACACCAUGCACCUGCACCAGCCCAGCCAGAGGCAUCUCAACUUCUGAGACAUCCUCAUCACUAUUCAUCAUCAUCAUCAUCAUCAUCAUCAUCAUCAACCUCAAUACUUUAAGCAGUACGGGAAUGUAACACUGGCCACCCACAAGCAUUCAUCUCUGUUUUCUUUCUUCUUCUCAAUAAACAAACACCAGCAGCAAGUUGACUACGUCAUCAGGCACCACUUACACACCUCACACCUAAUUUCUCCUGAAAGCUGAAUGGGUGGUGAAAUUGGGAAGGUGGCUGUUGACUUUUUAUAUCUGUAAUGUGGCCAGUGAAGACUUUUUCUCCCUCCCUCACUUCACUCCCUGCUUCCUACUCCUCUUCAUCCAUCCUCCUUCCUCCUAUGUAUUGAUACUGAGAAGAAGGGAUAUGUAAAGGUCAUAAUGUUAACCCCCCUCCCCUCCCUUUUCACAAGACCAUUUCUUCUUCUAUUUCUUCAGAUCAUUGUAUGUCCAAUCACAGAGAGAAACCGAGGUCAUGAUGACUUCUCUUUCUUUUCUUUCUUCUUCUUCUUUUUUAUGGUCACCUUAAUGUGUAGAAUCAAUGCUGUAGGUCACUUUACUAAGUGGCAGGUUCACUGUGUGGCAGGAUGGUCUGGUGGUGUCACUUCAGGGUCUCACAGUGGGACUGCUAGUCGUCGAGGCAACUUUUUGGGCUGACUGAGGGCAGUAGGAGACAUUUCAGAUCCUAAAUGACUUGAACAUAGACAGUGCAGCCGGACAACGUUUUCAUUUAAUCAAUGCAGGAGUAUUGGAAUGCAGUGUUCCCAAUAUGUUGCCAGUGAAGGGCUGUUCACACUAGAGGAUGAAGUUUAGGUGGGUUUAAAGGAAAAAUUCCCUUUAUGUAAUCUCACGUGCUUAUAAUCAGUGAUCUGUACUAAAUGCUCUGUUUGUGUCUUGAGUGACUUCCUGCAUUUUAGGGGAGAACAGGGUAUGUCCAUAACAAUUGUAGGAACAGAAGCUCUGCUUUAUUACAGCUGACUUUAAUAUAAUCACGCCUUUUUGAUAGUGAAAGUUUAAAGCUUUAUAACAUCUUUAUUACAGAAGAAAAGUGCAACAUUUUGAGCCUCUUUAUAAGUGCAAUACAAAUUCUCUUCUUUUUAUAAAAAACACGGUUCUUGCUGUUAUGUUUUAAUACUAAGCGCUUCAGCCAGACUUAAACACGUGCAUUCAAAGGUUCUCCUGUGAAACUGGAGGGUGUGUUAACUGAAAACAGAGAGUUUCAGCACAAUUAGAAUCAUGUCUGACUGAAACCUAACUAUGUACUGUAGCUGCUUUGCCUGUUAGUCCAUUUUCUGCUCUCGUACUUUCAGACAUAGAUUUCUAGUUUCUGUGCUGCGGUUCUCUCUGUGAGUCACUUUGGUUGCAGAAGGAGCUCCUUCAGUUCCCCCAACCUUAUGCUGUGUGUGUUUGACUGAUUAUUAAAAAGCUACGAAAACGCCACAUUUGAAGCCAGUAAAGCAAAAUACACCUGUAUUAAAGCCUUUUAAGGGUAUUUUUCCUUUAAGUUCCUGCUUUUUGAGCUCUGCAGCACCACCAGAGAUGAAAAACUUCCAUGUUGCUCGUCCUGCAGCUCCAGCUGAACCUGCCUCUGACUUUAUAAUUCAGUACUUUUCACGAUAUUUCUUUAAAGGAGAAAAAAAGGAAAAAAAUUGAAAAAAUACUGGGUUAAACAUCACUAAACGCCUUGUUUUAACGGUAGCUUUCAGAUAAAUAGAAAUGUUAAAGUAUGUAAAACAAAAAAAAAAACUUCCAAAAAUAUUUUUUGAAAAGAAAAAACAAAUUACAUAUCAGUAUGAAGUUGGUAUAUAUGCGUCUAUGGUUUCUUGCUUAGGUGUGUUUGGUUAUGAUAGUGUGCAAUCUGUUGCAUGGUUGUAGAGUUUUGUUAGUGUCAUGAUGGUGGGAAAAAAAAUUGGAUAAUUAUUAUUUUCUUUCUUUUUUCUGUUUUGUUUUUGUUCUUAAAUGAAUCUGCAGUCCACUUCUCAGGGUCACAACCAAUCACCUUUACUCUUUAGGAAAAUGCAGAUUUACUUGACGGCUGAUGAUUCUUUGUGUGUACUCGGACUUUUUCCAGCUAUGUCCCUGCGUGCUUUCCCCCUGUUAAAACCUUUGUGAGAAAUAAUCAACUUCUUGUUUAGUGUCACAGAAACGUCUUUUGGUCCCGGGACUGUGAAAUGAACUCUGACACUGUCAGUUGACAGUUGGAAAUCCAUCAGGAUGGAGAGAAACUGUUGGUUUUUUUCAGCUAUGUUUAUAUAUUUUGCUCAGCUGUACUCAACAUGGUUUUAGAAAUGUACCUUAUGCUAUUUUAACUGUUCUCUUUUCCAUGUUAACGUAGUUACAUUUCGUUAAAUAUUUAAACCAAAAAAAGUAGCAGCGAUCUUUAAUCUCUCCGUAGUUUUAUUAUACUGAUGUCCUUUUUAAAAAUUGUUUGAGUGUUUGAUAACAGCUCUUGGUUACGGUGCUCUAAAAGGGUAGACUGUUUAAUGUUUUAAUGUGUCUGCUGUAGGGAUAAGCGGAGCCCGGGCCGAGUCGCCACACUGCAAAAGUUGAGAAAUAACCAACCUUAUAGAGUGACUAAAACCUUUGGAAGACCAUUUCUGCCAAAAAAGACUAUUUAAAUAUAUAUAGGGUAAACAGGUUUAAACAUGUAUGUUUGUCUGAUGUUAAGCAGAAAAUUUGACUCUGGCAGAAAUCGGCAACCAUUUUUGUGUUCUUAAAUAAUUUCAGAACAGGUGAAGGACUCUACAUGUAACUUCACAUUUUGCUUAUUUACCAACUUUUAAAAAAAAUUUAAUUUCCUUACACACAUCAACAGAAAAUUACUAAACUGUAAAUUUGCCUAACGAUGAUGUUUUGGAAACUGAUCCUGUUCUGAAGAUACAGAUAUGCAGUGUGGUAUGAACACAUAUUAUGGAGGAGAAAAGAUUCAGUCACUUUUAAUGGAAACUGUUGCAGUGUGGUCUUUUAAUCGUCUUGUAAACUUGACUGGAUGUCUCCAGUCAAGUUUCUGGGAAGGUAGCGUUGUUAACAAAGCCCUGUAAGGCAUUUUUGUUAUUUACUGUAAAUAAUCGUAAACGGUAGUGGAGUGGAUCUCUGGUGUUUUCAAGCUUUUUUUUUUUCUUGUCCUUUCUCGAAUGUCUCUCUCUCUCUGCAGUUGAGUUUUGCUAUCAUGAACGAUGUUAUUUUGUGUCAUUUUAUUUUUUGAAAAAGAGAAACUUAAAGACAGAAGGGAUCGGAGGUUCCUCCUGCUGUCAGGAGCCUUAAACGAUUUAUUUGGGGUUUUUUUGUUCUCUUGGUUUUUUUCUUAAGCAUCUGUUCUCGGCUCAUCUCUCCAUCAUUAAUCUAACAGGGAUUUGUAAUGCUUUUUGUUCAAUGCCUUGAAAUUUGUGGAUCACGUGCCUUCCAGGUUGAAAUGUUAUGAUGACAAUGCAUCAAUGAAGAACUUGAACUCGUUUUUCUUUUUUUUCUUUUUUUUUACUUUUUAAGUGGACGUAAUAAUAAAUUAAAACACACAGACAAACAUCAGAAACCAACUAUGCAUCAUUCGGAGGAAGCUCAUAUGCUCUCGCCACCACCAUCCGCCCAGCCCUUGUACAGCUUUUAUAAUGACUCGACAAACCAGACAGAAUGAUGUAGCAAAGCCUCUUUUUUCUCCUAUUGUUUUAUUUGUAAGUGUGAAGAAUAUUUUAUGGCAUUUUUCCACUAAGUGUUAGACUUUUUGGGUUUUUGUUUGUUUUGUUUUGUCAUUUUUUGCUUUUUUUGUGUAGUUUACUGGAAUAAUACUGCACUUUGCCAAAAAGAAAAAAGGUGUAGGAGUUUUAGGGUUA